AUGCGGCUACUCAAGUCGCUCUCCCUUCUUUUGGUGGCUUGUGUCGGGGUGGUCUCCGCGAAGAGCGCCGUGGGUAACAGAGUGCUGGUUGUGCUGGAAGACCAGGCGCUGAAGGGACUAUAUUCCAAGUUCUGGGCCGAUCUGGAAGCGCGCGACUUUCAAUUGACCUUUGAAUCCCCGAGGAAGGACGAUGUCUCGCUCUUUCGGCACGGACAGUUGGCUUACGAGCAUAUCCUUCUGACACCGCCAAAGUCCAAAGGGUACGGACCGGCCUUGACACCGAAAAUCCUCCUCGACUAUGUCAACGCGGGUGGAAACGUUCUCCUUGGACUGUCUUCCGAAUCUGGAACCCCUUCUGCGAUUUCAGCCCUGCUUCUCGAGUUCGACAUCUCCCUCCCUACCGACAAGACCUCGGUCGUCGUCGACCACUUCAACUACGACACUGUGUCCGCGGCAGAAAAGCAUGAUGUUUUACUACUCAACCGUCCGGGUCCAUUGAGGUCCGAUACGGUCAACUUCUUCGGCGGUGAUGGAGUCCUGGCUGUUCCGAGAGCAGUAGGACAAACAUUGGGGAACACAAGUCCUCUGAUUGCGCCGAUUCUGAAGGCACCAGCGACUGCCUACGCAUACAACCCGAAAGAAGCGGCCGAGAGCCUAGAGGACCCAUUCGCGACCGGUUCGCAACUAUCACUGAUAACAGCCAUGCAGGCUCGUAACUCUGCUCGCUUUGUUGUGCUCGGGUCGCUGGAAAUGCUACAAGACAAGUGGUUCGACGCUUCUGUCAAGUCGUCGUCGUCGUCUGGCAAGAACGUCAAGACGGUCAAUCAGGAAUUCGCGCGGCAAUUGACCGAAUGGGCGUUCCAGGAGGUGGGUGUGUUGAAGGUCCUGAGCGUGCAACACCAGGAGAUCUUCUCGAGCAAGACAGAAAUUACGGGCUACGGAGACUCCAAUCCUGAAAUCUACAGGAUCAAAAAUGACGUGAGAUAUUCGAUCGAGAUUUCCCAAUACGCCCGGGAUCACUGGGAGCCGUUUACCGUUCCGGCAAACGACGAUCUCCAGCUGGAGUUCUCGAUGCUCUCGCCGUUCCACCGGAUUCCUCUUUCGCCUACGGCGACCACUCUGAAUAGCACCGUGUUCAGCACGACCUUUACGACGCCUGACCAGCACGGCAUUUUCGCCUUCAAAGUCAACUACAAGCGGCCUUUCCUGACUCCGAUCGAGGAGAAGAACCAAGUCACGGUGCGCCACUUUGCACAUGACGAGUGGCCGCGAUCUUGGGCCAUCUCGGGCGCGUGGCCUUGGAUCGGAGGUCUGUGGAGCGUCAUUGUCGGAUUCAUCUGUUUCACAGUCCUCUGGUUGUACUGUGAACCUCCCAAGGAGGAGCUUGAGAGGAGACGGAGAUUGAGUGUGAGCUCGUCAAAAUGA